ACCUUCAGCCUCAAGCUCUUCAGGCUGCAGGGCUGACGCGCGCUGCCUCCAGCGUCCCCACCAUUGGAGCUUCGCCAACAACCUCCAGCAACCCUCCAGAGAGCACCAAGCAGCCCAAGCCUCUUCCCAUUACCACGACCGUCCUCGCCUUUAGAAUCUUAAAUACGCAAAUCUGCAGACUCCAAGGUUGAUAACAGCGGAUUCGACGCAAAGCAGCCAUGGCCGCCAUGUUUAGUCAGAACCCGCUCAUGAAUGGGCCAAACUACUCCAUUAGCGAUACGCCGAGGAUGAAUGCGCCCGAGGGUGCCCGAGAGCAUCGCUUUGAACCUUACGCUGACAACGGCGGGUCGACGCUUGCGAUUGCUGGUGCCGAUUUUACCGUCAUGGCAGGCGACACGCGCCUCUCUUCGGGCUACAGCAUCAACUCACGCCAACACCCUAAGCUCUUCAAGAUUGGUGGUACAACGGCAGACCAAAAGGACGCCACCAUCGUGCUCUCGGUGGUGGGCUUUGCGGCGGACGGGGAGGCUCUCAAGGAACGGCUGGAUGCCAUUUGCAAGAUGUACCGCUACCGCCACGGAAAGCCGAUGAGUGUCAAGGCGUGUGCUCAGCGACUGUCGACCAUACUAUACCAGAAGCGCUUCUUCCCAUACUACACCCACGCGAUUCUAGGCGGGCUGGACGAGGAGGGGAAGGGCGCCGUGUACUCGUACGACCCCGUGGGCAGCUACGAGCGAGAACAGUGCCGUGCCGGCGGUGCGGCCGCUAGCUUGAUUAUGCCGUUCCUUGACAAUCAGGUCAACUUUAAGAACCAGUACGUUCCGAACAGCGGCGAGGGGCAUGCGCUGCAGGAGCGCAAGCGGCGGCCCUUGACGCGCAGCGAAGUGGAGGUCUUGGUCAAGGAUGCCUUUGACGGAGCGGUUGAGCGACACAUCGAAGUAGGCGACGGCCUACAGAUCAUGACUAUCACGAAGGACGGAAUUGAGGAGAUCACGCUCCCCCUCAAGAAGGAUUAAGCGGGUAGUUGACGAGAGGGUUAGCCGGUUGUGUACAGUACAUUGGCAGGUGGCCCUUUGCCCAAGCCACAACAGCUAUCGAAUUC